GCUUCCCAAUUUCUGGUCCAUUGAUUGCGUGUAUACUAUAGUAUAGAUCUAGAAAUCUAGAUCUAGAGUAGUAUACGCCUAGAAUAGAUCUAGAUUAGCGACACUAGAUCUAGAUAGAAUGAUAGAUAGAUAUAGAAUCUAGAGUAGACUACAUCGAAGAUUAUAGACCUAGAGCCAGAUUUUUUUUUAGAUCUACAAGUCUAGUUCUAAAAAUCUAAUGAUUUAUCUAGAUCUAGAAUAGAUCUAGAUCUAGUCGGUAAUCUAAAAUUUUACCAAAUAAACAAACAAGAUGGCUGCUAAAGUGCUAAACUAACUAGAUUCUAAAGUUGAUCUAGAUCUAGAUCUAAAUGAACUAGUAUGCAUUUGAUGAAAACAUCGCUAGUCUUUAUUUAUUACUGAAAAGUUUUGACACAAUUGUUUAAAAACAGGUAGAGACUAGAUCUAGACUAGAUCUACAUGAAAGAAACUUUGAAACAUUUAUGUAACUUACAAAACAUAAUUAACAUAAAGAACUCCUUCUUAAAAAAGUGAAAUUAUUAUUAAUCUAGGCCUAUAUUCUAUAUUAUUAGAUCUAAUCUAGUCUAGAUCUACCAAAAUUUUAAACGAGCCACCUUUUUUUUCACAUUAGUCAUAGUCUUUCUUUAGUGUGACAAUAGGGCGGCUUACUAGAUUUAGUUACUAGAUCUACCAAUCCGUCAGUAUCAGCAGUAUCUAACAGUAAUACUGAUGUCUAAUCCACUCAGAUUCAUAGUAUGUUGUUACUUGUAGAUGUAGAAUAUCUAGAUCUAGGCCUACUGAUUACUAAAUUAAUAAUUAAUUAGUACUAACACAGCUAAGAUGACACAUUAAACAUGUUUGAUCAUGGCAUUGUUUAGUUGAAGUGUCUAUUCACAGUCAACUGAAUAGCUGUAGCAGGGCUAUUCACUGUCGUGGCUGUUUUUUAAAACAUUCUUAAUUAGGGUGUUGGGUAUUUGCGAAACACAAAACAUCAAAUGGCGAGGCGGUAAACUGCGAGAAGAAAAUGCGAGACGUACCUGCAGAAUUACGGAUUUUGGGAAGAUAAUUCAUCAAAUGAAAACAAGGUAUUUCAAAUAUUUAUCCAAGUCAAGAUUGCAGAAUGGCUUUAACAAAACUUUAUUUGAAAUCACAUUUGCAAUACAGACAUGGUAGGGAGAGAAUUGUCAACAGAAGCCCAGAUCUCAUUGAUAAUUCUAGUCAACUUUCUUCCCAGUCAUCAAACUUUCAUCAACACCAUAUCAUUUCUACAGUAGAAAAGCCUCACAAAUGUGACCAGUGUAAUAAAUGUUAUCUUAGCCAUGAUACAUUAAGCAAACACCUUAAAGUUCAUACAAAAAAAAAGGCUUACAAUUGUGAGAGCUGUGGUCAAUGUUUUAGAACAUUAGCACAGCUAAAGAAUCACUGUAUAAUUCAUUUAGGAGAAAAACCUUACAAAUGCAACAAAUGUUCUAAAUGUUUUACAACACUUGCACAGUUACGAAGACAUCAUAGCAUUCAUACAGGAGAAAAAACUUACAAUUGUGACUUAUGUGGUAAAUAUUUUAGACAGCUAUGUUUUUUAAAACAACACCUUAGAAUUCACACAGGAGAAAAGCCUUACAAGUGUGACAAAUGUGAUAAAUAUUUUACAAAUAUUGGCAACUUGAAGAAGCACCAUAGAAUUCAUACAGGGGAAAAGCCUUACAAGUGUGACUUAUGUGGUAAAUGUUUUAGACAGCUAUGGGAUUUUCAAAAACACCUUAGAAUUCAUUCGGGAGAAAAGCCUUACAAAUGUGACAUAUGUGGUAAAUGUUUUAGACAGCUAUCGGAUUUACAAAAACACCUUAUAAUUCAUACAGGAGAAAGGCCUUAUCAGUGUGAUAAAUGUGGUAAAUAUUUUACAAAUAUUGGCAACUUGAGGAAGCACCAUAAAAUUCAUACAGGAAAAAAACCUUACCAGUGUGACUUAUGUGGAAAAUGUUUUAUACAGCUAUGGGAUUUGCAAAAUCACCUUAGAAUUCAUACAGGUGAAAAGCCUUUCAAAUGUGACAAAUGUGGUAUAUAUUUUACCCAGCAUUGUGCUUUAAAAAAACACCAUAGAAUGCAUACAGGAGAAAAUCCUUUCAUGUGUGCCACAUGUGGUAAAUGCUUUACAAAUUUUGGUAACUUGAGGAAGCACCAUAGAAUUCAUACAGGUGAAAAACCUUACAAGUGUGACUUAUGUGGUAAAUGUUUAAAACAGUUUUGGGAAAUACAAAAACACCUUAGAAUUCAUACAGGAGAAACGCCUUUCAUGUGUGUCAUAUGUGGUAAAUAUUUUACAAAUUUUAGCAACCUGGAGAGGCACCAUAGCGUUCAUACUGGAGAAAAACCUUACAAGUGUGACUUAUGUUGUAAAUGUUUUAGACAGCUAUGGGAUUUACAAAAUCACCUCAGAAUUCAUACUGGAGAAAAACCUUACAGAUGUGAUCAAUGUGGUAAAUAUUUUACCCAACAAUGUAAUUUAAAAAUACACUAUAGAAUUCACACAGAAGAAAAGCCUUUCAUGUGUGUCAAAUGUGGUAAAUAUUUUACCCAGCUUGGUAAUUUUAAAAAACACCAUCUGAUCUGCAGUCUUAUCUUUGUAAAAAUGUUUUGAAAUUUUGAUUCUUGUUAUCUGUAUUACAUUUUUCAUACCAAGGUUUCCGUUGGUAAUUUAUUUAUAUAGACCUUGCUUGACUGUUCUUAACACAUCUGGCCAAUUCUAGUCAAAUAGAUGAGGUUUUAGUUUAAAAGGCAAAAGAGUAUAGAAAAAAGGAGACAAAAAAUAGCUAAAAAUGCUUUUGAUAUCAAAAUUUGCUUUUCUCAGAAAAGAAAGUGGGGUUUAUUUUAUUUUUUUAAAAUCAAUUGGAGCCAUCAUAAAAUGUAAGAUUUUAAUUACUUGAUAGUGCUGGUUCUGUAUGAACUAUCUACAUAUUGGGUUUCCUUUGUUUUAGAAAUCAUUAGCAUUUCAAAUUCUUUUUCUAUGAUGAUGAAAUGCAAACACAAACAAACUAGCACUAAGUCAUUUUCACUUUUAAACUAUGACUAUAAAUGUGAAAUUUAUUAUUUUAAUGUAUGUUGCUAUGGAGAUAUGUAUCUGUGGAAGACAAGCAUUUUGUAAAAAGUGUGCACUUGAUACCCACAGUGCUACUGUGCUAAAUAAAUGUA